AUCUAACAUUGAUAAAUUAAUUCAGGAAAAAUAGGUUCAAUAAAAUUUCUUCCACAAGUCAAUGGUAAACCUGUCUAACUUUGACAUCUCUAUCAGAAUUUCUUCUGGAAAUGUUCUUCGGAAAAACCCUUUAUGGCUGCUGACUUCGUUCGGGCAAUGAAACGCAUGCACUUAUAUUUGCAAGGGACUUGAUUAUCGGCUGUAAAUAAAUCAUUUAAAACAGAAUGAAAUGUCAUCUGAAUUAUGGUUGUAGUGUUGCCUCCCUCUUGGUGUCACUGUAAUAUCAGCGACGGUAUAACGGAUGCCGUCCCACCCUCGGUUGAUCCUUUGUUUGCAAUAUCUCCCCAUUUUGAAUCGGCAUGUGACCCAGGCGGGCCUGAGUGUGCUUUCUUUGGAAUUAUUUAGCUUGAAAGAAACAUCAGAUCCUUCAAUUUCCACGUUGUUUUUCGUGAUGGGGAACGAAAGAGGAUGCGGCCACUGGUUGUUUUUUGUUUAUUCGCUGCAUUUAUAUUUGGGAGAACGCGUUUGGGCUGAACUUCGUUACUCCGUUCCAGAGGAGGUGAAGGAGGGAACUGUGGUUGGAAAUGUCGCAAGAGAUCUUGGUCUGGAUAAAUCAUCUUUGGUUGAUCGACAGUUUCGCGUGGUAACUGGAUCGAAAGAGGUUUUUUUCCACGUUAGGCCGGAAAAUGGUGCAUUGGAGGUCCGUAGGAAAAUCGACAGAGAGGCGCUUUGUGUGGGCAGCGGAGCGUGCGUCAUGGAGCUGAAAAUUCUCGUUGAAAACCCGCUUGAAAUGCAUCACGUCGUCCUAGAAAUUACAGACGUGAACGACCACUCCCCGAGCUUUUCUGACAAAGAGCAGGUAUUUGAAAUAGCUGAACAUUCGCCUCCUGGAACGCGUUUUCAGCUGCAAGUGGCACGUGAUCCCGAUGCUGGAAUUAACGCGGUGCGCGCAUACACGCUAAAUUCGAAUGAACAUUUUGAGCUGGAUAUAAGUCAAAAUGACGAGGAGAAAAAUCCAUUUUUAGUGCUGAAAAGGCCUUUAGACAGAGAACAGAAUAGUAAGCACGCUCUAUUUGUUACUGCAGUUGAUGGAGGGAAACCACAAAAAACAGGAACACUUAAUGUGACAAUAGUUGUACUCGAUAGCAAUGAUAACCGUCCAACGUUUAAUAAAGAUACAUACACUGUGGAAAUAAAAGAAAACACUCCCGUUGGUGUAAGCAUUAUAAGAAUAAAUGCCACAGAUCCAGAUGAAGGGUCAAAUGGUGAAAUAGAAUAUAGCCUAGGCAAAACAUUAAGUAAGGCCCAUGACAUUUUUGACCUAGACAAAUUAAGUGGACUCAUCAAAAUAAAAGGUGCCGUUGAUUUUGAGGAAUCUGACAUUUAUAAACUUGACAUUCAGGCAUCUGACAAAGGCCAGCCUCCUUUAACUGGGAGGUGUCGAGUUAUAGUAAAAAUAAAAGAUGUCAACGAUAAUGCUCCCGAAAUAGAAGUCACAUCCCUGUCAAGUGAAGUAUCUGAAGCGUCCAAGCCAGGUACAGUUAUUUCCCUCAUUAGUGUGACAGAUAAGGACUCAGGUAUGAAUGGUAAAAUAAUUUCACAGAUAACCAAUAACGUCCCAUUUGAGUUAAAACCUUCUUACAAAGAAAACAUUUACUCAAUCGUCACGAAGGAAUAUUUAGAUAGAGAGGAAGUGUCAUACUACAAAAUAUUAAUAACAUCUACAGACUGUGGUGAACCUCCGUUGUCUACUUUACAAACUUUAAAUAUUCAAAUAUCAGAUGUGAAUGAUAAUAAACCACAAUUCCACCAAAAUCCUUUCAACUUUUACCUCUCAGAGAAUAACAUUGCUGGACAGUCAAUAUUUUCUGUUAGCGCGUCAGAUAAUGAUGUGAAUGACAAUGCAGCUAUUUCAUACAAUAUUAUUAGAGCAGGGACUGAAAAUGAUGUGACAUCUUUUCUAAAUAUAAAUUCUGAGAAUGGACAAAUUUCUGCACUAAAAAGUUUUGACUUUGAGGCACUGAAAAGUUUCCAUUUUCAAGUGGUGGCCACAGAUGGAGGAAGUCCCCCACUAAACUGCAACGUGACAGUGAACGUGUUCAUUCUAGAUCAGAAUGACAACGCUCCAGUCAUCUUGUAUCCGGUCAGCUCCAAUGGUUCUGCUGAAGGAGUGGAGGAGAUUCCUCGCAAUAUGAAAGCAGGAGAUUUGGUGACUAAACUUAGAGCCUAUGACCCUGAUAUUGGAUAUAAUGGCUGGUUACUCUUUUCCUUUGGGCAAGUCACUGACCACAGUCUUUUUUCUUUGGACCGCUACACGGGCCAGAUCAGAACACUUCGCUCGUUGACAGAAACGGACGAGGCUGAGCAUCGACUGCUCAUACUGGUCAAAGACAAUGGUAACGUCUCGCUCUCAGCAACAGCUACUGUGACAGUCAAACUCGUGGAGCCCAAAGAGGCUUUUGCAGCUUCGGAUGUCAAAAGUGCAGUAAAAGUGGACCAGGAGGAGGACAAUGUCACUUUUUAUCUCAUCAUCACUUUGGGCUCAGUUUCACUCCUUUUUGUCAUCAGCAUUAUUGUGCUGAUAGCCAUGCAGUGCUCCAAAUCCACAGAGUACACUUCCAAAUAUCUCCAAGAUGCUAAUUAUGAUGGCACAUUGUGUCACAGCAUCCAGUACAGAUCAGGAGACAAACGCUACAUGUUAGUUGGACCCAGAAUGAGUAUUGGUUCUACCGUAGUCCCGGGAAGCCACGCCAACACUCUGGUGCUCCCCGACAGGAGACAUACUUCUGGGGAGGUAAGAAGCUGAGAAACAUCAUCUUCAU